AGAAGAAGAAGAAGAAGAAGAAGACGAAGAAGACGAAGAAGAAAAUGAUGAAAACCAGCGACAACUUUUAUCAUUUUCAAUCACUUUUAUCGUAAUGGAGGACUUCUGACUUCACGCUGCCAACCUGCCAACUUAUGCUGCAUGCUGCCGUCCACAUCCUGCCAUGGACUCGGAGCUGCUGAUUGGUUGGCAGCUGGAGAGGGUGGGGCUCCAACAGGAAGUGCGGCGGCUGCAGGAGGAGCUGGUGGACAGUCGAGCGGAAAAAGAGGAGCUGGCAUCCAGGAUCCGGGCCCUCAAUGAGCGUCUGGAGCUGCCCCUCCCGCAGCAUGAGGAUCAGGAUCAGGAGCACAUGGCAUGCAGGAGGCAGGCCCGCCAUGCCCGGGAGAGAGAAGCUCGCCAGGCUCUGCUCCUCCACCGCCUCCAGAACAAGGUGUUGCAGUACAGGGAUCAAUGUCACAACUUGGACAUUCACCUCAAACGACUCCAAGCACAGCAAAGUUCCGGUGACCACUGUGGGCCUCUGGAGAGCGCCCUCCUCAGGCUGGAAGAGGAACAACGCAGGUCUGCUGGCCUGGCCGAGACCAACUCCUUUCUCCGCCAGCACCUGGACCAAUCAGAGCAGGUCAACCAGGCCCUGAGAGAGGACGUCUGCAAGCACACCUCCACUUGGACUGCAGCUCUGGAGGAGGCCCAGCACCAAGCAUCCAACUGGCAGAGAGAACUGGAGAGUAGUCAACAUGUUGCGUGUGUAGUGUGUGUCAGGUCACAUGGCUCGGCAGCAGGCUCAGACCUUGUGUGUGUGGAGGACCACCAUGGCGCUCAGACAAGACUGUCGCUCUGUCAGGACCGCCACCGACAGGUCAUGGAUCUGUUGGAGCUGAGGGCGGAGCUCUCCCGUCUGUCCUUGUCCAUCCUCUCCAGCUGCGACUCCUCCUCCUUGAACCUCCUCAAACUCUCCCCCCUCCCUCCCCCGCCUUCUGACCUCCUGCCCCCAAACCCCCACCCGCUUCUCCCCCCCCUCGCCUCCUCCACUUCCACCCUCGGAACCUUCACCGUGGGCGAGCUGGAGGUGGAGCCAGAGGACAGCAUGCUGGAGCACAGCCAACCAGACACAAGCCUGGAAAGUGUGACAAAGGCCAUCAUCAAGCUGUCUCGGGUGUUGAACAGCGCCGCCCCCCCACACUCUGUGCACGGCACCUCCUCCCUGUUGUCCGUCCUGUCCGACACUGAGAGCGCCCUCCAUUGGAGGCACCAGGAAGCGCAGAGGGCGGAGCUUACUGUGCGACGGCUGACCGAGGAGAAGACCUUGCUGCAGACACGGCUGAAACUGCUGGAGGACGACAACCAGCAUCUUCACAAAAAUGCACUGGCGCUCACGCACCAACUGAACAGAGACCAGGAGGCCACACCUACACAAGGACUGGAGAGCCAGCUUCACCAGAAGGGAGAGGUGGAGCUUCAUAGCAAGGAAGGAGUGGUUCACAGCAAGGAGGCGGAGUUUCAGAAAAGAGAGGAGGUCCUCUGUCAAAGAGAGGUGGAGCUUCACAGCAAGGAAGGUGAGAUGCAAAGCCAGGAGGCGGAGCUACAGAAGAGAGAGGCGGCGCUUCGCAGCAAGGAAGGUGAGAUGCAAAGCAAGGAGGCGGAGCUACAGAAGAGAGAGGCGGAGCUUCGCAGCGAGGAAGAGGAGACUCAAAGCAAGGAGGCGGAGCUACAGAAAAGAGAGGAGGUGGAGCAUGGUAGCGAGGAAGAGGAGAAACAACGCAAGGAGGCGGAGCUACGGAAGAGGGAGAAGGUCCUCCGUCAAAAAGAGGUGGAGCUUCACAGCAAGGCAGAGGAGACCCAAUACAAGGAGGCGGAGCUACAGAAAAGAGAGGAGGUCCUCCUUCAAAGAGAGGUGGAGUUUGGCAGCGAGGAAGAGGAGACGCAAAGCAAAGAGGCGGAGCUACAGAAAAGAGAGGAGGUGGAGCGUGGUAGCGAGGAAGAGGAGAAACAACGCAAGGAGGCGGAGCUACGGAAGAGGGAGAAGGUCCUCCGUCAAGGAGAGGUGGAGCUCCGCAGCAAGGUAAAGGAGACACAAUGCAAGGAGGCGGAGCUACGGAAGAGAGAGGCGGUCCUCUGUCAAGGAGAGGCGGAGCUUCGCAGCAAGGAGGAAGAGGUUCAAAGCGAGAAGGCGGAGCUAAAUAAGAGGGAGGAGGUCCUCCUUCGAAGAGAGGUGGAGUUUGGCAGCGAGGAAGAAGAGACGCAAAGCAAGGAGGCGGAGCUACCGAGCAGAGAUGAGGUGGAGCGUAGUGGCAAGGAAGUGGAGAUACAACGCAGGGAGGCGGAGCUACGGAGGAGGGAGAAGGUCCUCCGUCAAGGAGAGGUGGAGCUUCACGGAAAGGAAGAAGGGAUGCAACAAAAGGAGGCGGAUCUACAGAGGAAAGUGGAGGUCCUCCGUCAAGGAGAGGUGGAGCUUCACAGCAAGGUAAGGGAGACCCAAUACAAGGAGGCGGAGCUACAGAAAAGAGAGGAGGUCCUCCUUCAAAGAGAGGUGGAGUUUUGCAGCGAGGAAGAAGAGACGCAAAGCAAGGAGGCGGAGCUACGGAGCAGAUAUGAGGUGGAGCGUGGUGGCAAGGAAGAGGAGAAACAACGCAAGGAGGCGGAGCUACGCAGGAGGGAGAAGGUCCUCCGUCAAGGAGAGGUGGAUCUUCACAGCAAGGUAAAGGAGACACAAUGCAAGGAGGCGGAGCUACAGAAGAGAGAGGCGGUCCUCUGUCAAGGAGAGGCGGAGCUUCGCAGCAAGGAAGAAGAGUUGCUACAUAAGGAGGCGGAGCUACAGACGAAAGAGGAGGUCCUCUGUCAAGCACAGGUGAAGCUUGGCUGCACGGAGGAAGAGGUUGAGAGAAAAGAGGCGGAGCUACAGAAGCGCGAGGAGGUCCUUUUUCAAGGACAAGUGGAGCUUGGCUGCAAAGAGGAAGAGGUGGAGAACAAGGAGCGGACAUUACAGAAAAGGGUGGAGGUCCUUUGUCAUGAGGAGAUGCAGCUCCGUAAUCAGAAGGACCAGGUGGAGAGCAAGAAUGAAUCAGAGCUUGACAGCAAGAAGAAAGAAGUCCAGAGAAAAGAGGCGGAGCUACAGAAGAGAGAGGAGCUUCUCGGUCAAGGAGAGUUAGAACUUUCCGGGAAGAAGGAAGAAGUCCAGGGAAAAGAGGCGGAGCUACAGAAGAGAGAGGAGCUGCUCUUUCAAGGAGAGUUACAACUUUACGAGAAGAAGGAAGAAAUCCGGGGAAAGGAGGCGGAGCUACAGAAGAGAGAGGCGGUCCUCUGUCAAGAAGAGUUAGAACUUUGCCAGAAGAAGGAAGAGGUCCAGGGAAUGGAGGCGGAGCUACAGAAGAGCGAGGAGCUGCUCUAUCAAGGAGAGUUAGAACUUUGCCAGAAGAAGGAAGAAGUCCAGGGAAAGGAGGCGGAGCUAACGGGGAGAGAGGUGGUCCUCUGUCAAGAAGAGUUACAGCUCUGCGGGAAGAAGAAAGAAGUCCAGGGAAAGGAGGUGGAGCUACAGAAGAGAGAGGAGGACCUCUGUCAAGGAGAGUUAGAACUUUGCAGGAAGAAGGAAGAGCUCCAGAGCAAGGAGAUCAAGUUGCAGGAGUUGGAGGAUGAGCUGCAUGGAAAAGAGGAGGAGGUGAAAGGGAAGGAAGCAGGGCUACAAAAGUUGAGGGAAGCGCUGUCUCAAGAAGAGGCGGAGCUUAGCCGCAGGGAAAGGAAUAUGCAAAUCAGGGAGGAGGCGCUACAAGAAGGGAAGAAUGAGCUUCACAGAACAACGGUGAACCUGCAGGGCAAGGAGGAGCAAGUGAAGGAAGGAGAGCAGGAGGUAGAGAAGAGACUUAAUGCUGAGCUGCUGGAGAAAGACGACAUCAUCAGCGACCUGAAGGGGGCGUUGGACAGCCAACUGCGGGCCAGGGUGAGGGCAGAAGAGGAAGCGGCCGACGUCAGAGACGCUCUGCUGAAGCGCUCCUCUCAGCACGCCUCGGUGUUGGAGGAGCUGAAGCAAGCACAGAAGGAGCUCCAGCUGGCGGCGGAGGACAUCGCCAGGAUGGAGCGUGUGCACAAGGAGCAGCAGAUGGAGAGCAGCAGGCUCCAGGAGGUGCAGGCUGCUUUGCAAAGGCAAGAAGAGCUGCAGGAGGAGCAGGCGCAGGAGCUCAGGUCUCGCUCAGCAUCCCUGCUGGAGCAGCUUCAGGAGCUCCAAACGCAGCUGCGCCAGGCCCAGGAGGAGCGCUCUCACCUGAGCGCGCACCUGCACACGCUGCAGGAGGCCAAAGACGCACUGGGCGGCGAGGUGCAAUGUCUGAGGGAGGAGCUGCACCAGGCGGAGAUGAGGGCCAGCAGAAUGGAGGAAGAGGAGAAGAAGAGGAUGGCAUUAAAGGAGGAGGCUGACUUGGUACAGGAAGGAGGACGCCAACAUGAGAUGCUCCAUUCAGGCAUAUUGUCAUUAGAGGAGGAGCAGAUGAGGGCUGUCAGAGAGGGAGAGGAACAUGUGCAAGAAUGCCCGCUGGAGGAGGAGGACAAAAGCAAGCUGGAAGAAAAGGAGGCCAGAAUGGAGCAGCUGGAACUCCUGCUGACAAAAACACAAUCCCUGGAGGAAGAAGUGAACCAAUGGAAGGAAAAGGCCAAGCAGAUCUCCUUAAUGCUGGAGGAGCGGGAAAGGGAGGUGCAGCAUCUGAAGAGCACGUCGACUGAGAUGGAGAGGGAGAAGAAAGAACAGGAGGAACAUGCGCGAGAAUACCUGAGCUCGGAACAGCUAGAGGAGGAAACGAGCAAUCUGGAAGAAAAGGAGGUCAGAAUGGAGCAGCUGGAAGUCCUGCUGAGAAAAACACAAUCCCUGCAGGAAGAAGUGACCCAAUGGAAGGAAAAGGCCAAGCAGGUCUCCUGCAUGCUGGAGGAGCGGGAAAGGGAGGUGCAGCAUCUCAAGAGCACCUUGGUAAAGAUGGAGGACGAGGAGGACAGGAUGAGAGAAGUGCAGAGGAGAAGUGACAAAGAGCGGAAGCAGCUGGAAGUCCAAUGUGAGAACAUCCAGAAAGAGAUGGAGGAGAAGAAGAAAAGACUGUGGGAGGUGGAGAGGAGGCUGGAGCAUGAAGACUUGUUGGACAAGGAGGUCCAUACAGCUGAGGAGGAAUGUGUUCCAAGAGAGGAGGAGCUGCAGCAGACUUUGGCGAGGGAGGAACAGAAAGUACAAGAUAAGCUGCGGAGGGCCGAGGAGGAGGUGAAGGCUCUUAGAGAGGAUUUGGAAAGGGAAGGGAGAAGGAGAGAGGAGGCACAUCAGGAACUGAGAGGAGCACAACAUAUGGUGGAGGUGAUGGAGCUCAACCUGAAAGCCCUGGAAAAGGAGGUGAAUGACAAGCAACAGGCCAUGGAGGGCGAGCACGAGAAGAUGAAGACCCUGAAGCAACUCUUGCAAGAGAGCCACGACCAGGGGGAGCGUCUGGGGGCCGCCCUGGAGGAGGAAAGGAAGACCAGCCAUGAUAGAGGAGUCACAGCUGAAGGACUGGAGGCCAAGCUGAGGGACCUGGAGGAGAACUUGAGACGGGCGCAGCAGGAGGGGAGGAGAGAGGCGGGAAAACGACGGAGGAAAGAUGAGGAGGCCGAGCAGGUGAGGACCGAUGAGGAGGAGGAGAAGACAGAGCAGGAAAGCACCUAUACGGUGGAGCAAUGGACCACAGACGACGAAGAGGAGCAGGAGAGGACAUAUGAGGAGGAGCAAUGGAAGACAGAGGAGGAGGAGAAGACGGAGCAUGGGAGGACAUAUGAGGAGGAGCAAUGGAAGACAGAGGAGGAGGAGAAGACCGAGCAGGAAAGGACCUAUAUGGUGGAGCAAUGGAAGACAGAGGAGGAGGAGAAGACGGAGCAGGGGAGGACCAAUGAGGAGGAGCAAUGGAAGACCGAGGAGGAGGAGAAGACCGAGCAGGAAAGGACCUAUACGGUGGAGCAAUGGACGACAGACGAUGAAGAGGAGGAGGAGACGGAGCAGGGGAGGACCUAUGAGGAGGAGCAAUGGAAGACCGAGGAGGAGGAGAAGACGGAGCAGGGGAGGACUUAUGAGGAGGAGCAAUGGAAGACAGAGCAGCAGGAGAAGACGGAGCAGGAGAGGCCAGAUGUGAAUGAGGCAGAUGUUGAGAGGUGUGUGGAGGAGGUGCAGGAACAGUCCCCAACCAGAAGCAGCACGGAGGACAUGAGGAGGCGAGACAUGCAAAAGGAGGCUGAGGUGCUGGUGUCCACCAUGAGGACAGAGGAGAGCAAGGAGGACCUGCAACAAAGCAAAAGGGAUCCCAACCACUUCCUGCUGUCCUUGGACCAUUCCUUCCGUCAGGCACAUAGUCCUGCAGGGGGCGGGGCUAAAGGCUUGCUAUUUCAGUGUUGUGUGGCCCACCUGGAACUGAAACUAGAGCGAGCCCAGAAGAGAAUCCAUCACCUGAAGGAGAAGAACAAGAAAGUGAAGACUGAGAGAGAUAUACUGAGACAGGUGUGUCAACUGCAUGUGUCACUGACACUGGAUAACCAGCAGAGGGCGAUGUUGCUCAGGAAGAGUCCAUGUCCGUAGACCCUCCUCCAGGACCUGAAUGCAUCAGCCAUGUCCUUAGACCCUCCUCCAGGACCUGAAUGCAUCAGCCAUGUCCUUAGACCCUCCUCCAGGACCUGAAUGCAUCAGCCAUGUCCUUAGACCAGGGGUCGGCAACCUUUACCACUCAAAGAGCCAUUUUGGCAAGUUUCACACAUUAAAGAAAGUAAUGGGAGCCACAAAAUAUGUUUUUAAAAUUUAAAAUGAAAAACACCGCAUACAAAGCUUAAACGCUUUGUGCUAUGUUAACUAGGGGUCUCAGACACACGCACCGGCACGUACUUUAAUGUGGAAAUUUGAUGUUAGUGCAGCCCGCGAGUUUUGAAUGAAUGUCGCUUGCGUCAUACUUGCCAACCCUCUCAUUUUUCCCGGGAGACUCCCGAAUAUCAGAGUGUGAUGACACUGCAUUUGGCGCCCUCCAGAGUCUGCCCAAUCAGUGUACCUGCUCGGCCACAAGUGGAAUGCAGCUUUGGCUUGAUAGCGUUACAGACAGCAAGGCUACUAAGUCAACAGCCACACAUCUUACACUGACGGU